CUCAGUCCCGAAACUCUCCUUCGCCCACCACAUCCACAGAGCCAUGUCGUCUGAAGUAAUCCCAGACCGCUACAAGCUCAUCUUUUACGUUCCCACCACCCACCUCAACCUCUGCAAAGACGCGGUUUUCGAAACCGGCGCAGGCAGCUUCAACAACUACAGCAGAUGCUGCUUCCAGUCCCUCGGACAGGGCCAGUUCCAGCCCUCUGACAGCGCCAACCCCGCGAUCGGAACCAUUGGAUCCCUCGAAUCUGUCGAGGAGAUGAAGGUCGAGGUCAUGUGUCCGGGUCGGUCCGUUAUGUUGCGGGCGGUGGAGGCGCUGGUUAAGGCUCAUCCGUAUGAGGAGGUCGCGUACGAGGUGUACAAGAUGGAGAAUGUGUGAAAUACUGCUUUCUUUGAGGCGCAGGGUUUACUCGGAUUGUUCUGUCUAAUACGGUGCUUUCGGAAUGAGAUGUUCAGGUCACACAGUGUGUAGUUGCA